ACCAGCCGUCGCCCGUCACUGUACCGUGGCUAUACGGCCGUAUACCGUAUACGGUAUGGUGCGAAGCCCUAAUGCCAAUAAAUCGCAUAAGAGUCUCAGGCUCCCUAGUGUCACACUCUCUCCCCUCUCUGGGACAGGCCAAAUGGCAACCAUUCCAGUAUUGAAGCAACAGUCCUACACUGGAAAGAAGCCCAUCAUUCCAGACACUCUUGCUGACAUGCUCUGUGCUGACCUUGGCAUUCAGGGACUCUUAGAGAGGCUCAACACCACCCUUGGUACAUCAUACACCCCAUUCACUGCAUGUGUAUGCUCCAUCUUUGAGGACUACAUUGCCAAAAACUAUGAUUUUGGCACUGCAUAUGCCCAUCUCCACCCAUUUUGGUAUGACUUGAAUGACUUGGCCACUAUGGUGUUACGGUUAUUCUUUUCUUUUUCUUUCCUUUCUUUUCUUUUCUUUUCUUUUCUUUAGUCAGCCAGAUUACGCGACGCGCGAU